UUACCUAUUUGAUAUGAAGGCAGCACAGUGUGUUGGAUUGGGGAAUCGCGCUGUGUGGGCCUAGCGCAAACACUACCCGCUCAUCUCUCCUCUCCCUUGGAAACUGCAAAUCUGAAUUUGGUUCAUGGCCGCCGCUUCACUGUGCAGAGAUUGACCACCGCCCCGCAAACCCGGGUUCACCUGGAUGGGACUUGGAUGAGGGAGCGGUGCGAUUUCUGCUCGCUGGGACCGGCGACAUGACCUUGGUCGAGGCCCCGUGCUCCCCAGCAGCUGCCGAGCUUGGGGGUCGAAUCAAUCGUUCCGAGUUUCGCGUCCAAAAUGCCGAAUUGCUGACUCUAAUCAUCACCACCUCGCCAACUCCCUCGGCGCCCUCCACCGAAUUGCUCUCGCAGAUCGUCUUCUCGUUCCGCGAACACUGUCCCGAGUUGACUCGGUGCAGAGUCAUCCUCGUCCUCGACACGUACGACCACAUCAGCUCCACGGCCCGGCUCAAGAAGGGCCAUGUCACAGCAGAUGGCGCCACAAAGUAUGCCGAGUACAAGAUGAAGGCCAAGCGUCUCAUACUCGACGAGUACGCGCUCAACUGCGCCGAGCUUCGCGAGCAGGAUCUCUUGCAAGAGUGCGGCGAGGCCGAGUUCGGCUCCACAGCCUACGCACAACAGACGAACACCGUGCCGCUAACCAUCACCAAGACCGACGACGGGCGCAUCAUGUUCAUCGAGCCCUUGCAGCGUCUGGGAUUCGGUCUUGCUGUGCGCUCCGCUCUCAGGCUGACCGAGACGCCCUAUGUUUGGAUUCAGCAGCACGACUGGAUGCUCAUUUCCCAGAUCCCGCUUCGACCGCUGCUCACUGUCAUGCAGCAGCAGUCGCAGGCCGCCGCUGCCGACCUGGACGACAUGGCGGCCGUCAGAGUGCCAAUCAAAUAUGUGUGCUUCCCCUCGGUGCGCAUGGUCGAGUACGCCAGGUCCGACCAUGUCCUGCAGUUCCCCGCCCUGCGCGCCCUGACCUAUCUGCACAAGCAGAACUUCACCGUCCGGUCCGAGGAAGGCGAUGCCGUCAAAAUCCCGCUCACGCCGCUCUUUUUCUGGCAUGACAAACCCCACGUCGCCGAGACAGAGCAUUAUCUUGCGCAGGUGUUUUCGAGCCGGGCGGCACUGCCCAGGGGUGCCUUCAUCGAGGACACCAUCGGCCACCGUGCCAGGACGGAAAUGAAGGACGGCCAAUGGAGGAAGUGGGCUUGUUGGCUGUACUACCCUGACGAGGGAAAGCAGCUGUGCAUGAGGCAUCUGAAAGGGAGGACUUGGCGGGGAACCGAGGCGGAAUUGGCGCAGAAGCUGGAGUAUAUGCGGCUUAACCAAGGGGUUUCGGGGACUGGAUGAACGAGAGUGGCAGUCAUCUCUGGCCGUUCAAUGAGUUCCCAAGACCGACUAGAGGCAGCAAAUGAAUCAGAUAGAACGUUUAGAAUCCGUCCUCGGCGAGCCUAGAGCUGCCUCGUCGCAAUAGGCUUCCCCCACUCUGAAAUAGGCUUGUCGGUCGGCACCAGCCAGAUAACUCCGCC